CCCUGGUGGCGAAAAUGGCGAAAGGUGACGUCAUCUGUCAGUCGUAGUGUUUUUGUUUGGGAAAAUCGCGUGAAAAUAGUGUGCCAGUGAGAAAAAGGGGCGUAAUAAGUGAGAAAAAAGUUUUCCCGGGAGUGCUAAAGGGAAUCCUGCGAUGGCCGGGAUAAAGUACAUGCUGCAGAAGGAGGUUUUUGAGUCAGACGAGCGAAUCCUCUCAGUUUGCAAUGUCACAGAGCUGUACAAGAAGAAGAAGAGCUCGUACCUUACCAUCGUCUCAGCUACGCGUUCCCGGAUGACCCAGGUAACCCUGUCCCAGGUGAAGCAGUACGAUAAGGGUGUGUACAAGAAGAAGCGCACAUGGACGCUGGAGGAAGUGAAAGUGGUAGAUGGGAAGCAUGAUUCGCCGGAAACCCAUGAGCUGGACAUAUCGCUGGAGAAGCAGUACAAGUGGUUUGCUGUGAAUCUGCAUGAGAGGCAGAACUUCAUCACGGUGCUGUGGAAGCAGAUAAAUAAGCAUGUGGCUGGAGAGAAGGCCAUCUUCAAGAACAUUCCCAAGGCCUGGCUGACGGAGCAGUCGCCGGAACGUGUGGUGCGGGAGAAGAGUGACAGUGUGAAUGAGGAGGAGUGUCCGGAGGAUGCUGAGGCAUAUGAAGAAUUCCAUGCGCUCACGGACAAGGAAGAGAUGCAUCUUCAGAGCCUAAUUGGUGAGUGCAAUUUUGCCAUUAGCGAUGCUGAGCAGUUUAUGGAGCAGCUGGGCAGAAAUCUCCAGGAACUGGACGGAGCCAAUGUCCAGAGUGUCCUGGCAUCGGAGAAGCAAGUCAAUGCUCUGAUGGAGCAGAUAGAGACGGCAAUAGCUGAAGCUGAGCGAGUUGAGGAGCGCCUGGAUGCCUACGAUGAGAUUCUCUGUCACAUCCGGGAUACAAUGGAGAAGAUGGGCGAGAAGAAUACGAUGAUUGAAGUGGCCAAUGCCAAUAAUAUCAAGUUGAUGGUGGAACUGGAGAGGAUUGUGUCACAGCUGGAUCUGGCGCAUGCCCAUCAAGUAGCCCUCACAGACACAGAUCUCACAUCUCCAAAUGGCCUGGCAGCAGCCAUUGCAGCCGGAAGAGCUCUCCAAACGUCCAUGAACAGUGACAUUGAUCCGGCUCUCUUGCGCCUGACUGCUGUCCAGGAUCAACGGAAGCGCUUCGAGAAGUGGAAGGCAAAAUUCUCUCAAACCAUCAGCCGGCAUCUCAAUAACAUGUUCAUCCAUCUGGGAAAUGAUCUGGGCGAGGGACAGGGCAGUGAAGCCUUCCUCCCGAAGCACACAUCUGUCCACAGAGAACUCUCAGCCUAUGCAGAGCUCAUGCACUGGCUCAAGUCCAUGGACAGAAAGGCCUACGAUCAACUGGCAAAAGUCUACACUAGUUCCCUCAACAAAGUCUACGACCGGGAGAUCCGUCACUUCUUUGACCAGGCCCGGCAGCAGGUCAUGCGAGAAGAUGUGGCAGCGUCCACGAGUGCCACGCGUGGCAAGCAGCUGCUCCAACCUUAUGGCAUCAUCGGCGUCAAUCGGGAUCUCUGGGCACCGGGAAUUGAAGCAGCUGAGCGACAGAAGUUGGAUGGGAUCCUGGAGAAAGUUUUGGGAGAUCUAGAGCCCGUGGCUCUCAGUGAGCAGCUUUUCUGCAUCUCCUUCUUCCAGAUGGACGUCCUCAGUCCGACUUCUCGCAACACUCAGACCACCCUGGAAGCUGUGGCGGAGCGGGAAGAUGCCGCUGUGAUUGUCUCGCCGCCGCAGAAGAAGAUCGACCGGCAGAUCAAUGAGGAAGUGCGCAAGAUGAUGACGGAGCUGUUUGCAUGCCUGGAACCUGAGCUCAACAGCUUCAUCCAGAGCUUCGAGAAAGUCGACAGUUUCUACUCAAUGUACGUGCUCGUGAGGUUGUCCCAGCACGUGAUGUCUGCCCAGGAUGCCCAUUCCUUCCUCAGUAUGACUUUUGCUUCUGCCCUCGUGCACGUGAAGCGGAACUUUGACAAAUUCAUGCAGACGCAGCUGCAAUCCGUGCGUGAGGCCAGAGUGCCCAAGAGGUCCAAGUGUGGCCUCUUGCCGUACGUGGAGAACUUUGAGGAGUUUGCCACGAGUGCUGAGAGGAUUUUCAAGAAGAGCGAGCGCAGGGCAGAUCUCGAUAAGUGGUACACGCAGCUGGUGGCCACAAUCUUUGAAGCAAUUCCAAAUCACGCCCAGGAGCAUUCAAAGACGCCUCGACAGGUGGUCAACAUGGAGAAUUAUCAUCAUAUGCAUUCCCUGCUGGCGCAGCUGAAGGUAGCUGCGCUGGAUGGGCAGAAGAAGGAAGCCAAGAUGCGCUACAAAGAAGCCCUGGAUGCCUAUGUGACCAAGUACUUUGGGCGCCCGUUGGAGAAGCUCAAUCUCUUCUUCGAGGGAGUACAGCUGAAGGUGCAGCAGGGAGUGAAGGAGCAGGAGAUUAGCUAUCAAAUGGCUUACUCCAAGCAGGAAUUGCGAAAAGUAAUCGCACAGUAUCCAGCCAGGGAGGUUAAAAAGGGUCUGGAGAGUCUGUACAAGAAGGUGGAGAAGCAUCUGUGUGAAGAGGAGAAUCUCCUGCAGGUGGUCUGGAGGGCAAUGCAGGAAGAAUUUAUCGCUCAGUAUAAUUUCCUUGAGGAAAGAAUUCAACGGUGCUAUGCUGGGGCAAUGAUCACCCUGGAUUUCUCGAUUGAUGACAUUCUUGAGUUUUUCUCAGAAAUUGCUCGAUCCCAUUGAGGAUUUCUGGUCAGGAUCUGGUUUAUCUAUUUAUCAUCCCUUUCCGGAAAUAAAACAAAGCUGGCAUUUUACCAA